CGAGACUAGACCGGAAAUGGCAGGAACUGUCUGGCAGGAAACGAGGGCGGCGGGCUCGAGUGUGUAGCUUCCCUUGUGCUGAGGUAACCCGUCGUGUCGCGCUACUGGAGGUGGAGGAGGACUGAGGGUUGGCGCCAUUUUCUCAUUCGGGCCCCCCCCACCCACUCCCACCUUAAAAAGUCGGAGAGCGCUUCCAUUUUGCGUGUGUUGUUCUUCGACUCGCGGUAAAUAUGCUGCCCGUGUCCCUCGGAGAGAUGGAGGGAGGGGAAAUGGCUGCGGGGCCUAGGGUCAGCUGAAGGCCCUCUCCCUAUAGUGCGGGCCCGGCCUGUGCUAGGCGACCUGCAAUGUGAUGGGCCCGGCCCGCUGGGGCCAUGGCGGUAAUCACACCAGGGGGAGGGAGAAGGAGGGGGGGGGGCUGGCUGGGUACCCUGGGUUAAGGGGUGUCAGUGUACCUUGGGUUAAGGGGUGUCAGUGUACCCUGGGUUAAGGGGUGUCAGUGUACCCUGGGUUAAGGGGUGUCAGUGUACCUUGGGUUAAGGGGUGUCAGUGUACCUGGCACUGACUGUGCUCCCACGUGUUACUAUGGCUGAUACAAACUGAGCAGCUCUCCCCCAGUUAUUUUAUUCAACAAAGCCAUUGUACUGCGCUGCUGAAUAUGUUGGCACUAUAUACAGAGAGUAUGGAAUAUGGUGUAUGGGUGCUGCUUCACAUGUUCUGCUAGUUAUACUCCUAUAGAGGUUCCUGAGGGUUGUAUUAGGUAUUGGGGAGAAGGCUAGGUGGCAUUGGGUCUAUGUGAUUUUCAGGUAGUUUUCACCACUCCUUGCCUCCUAGGAUGGACCAUCUUGAUGCCAUGCUCAGAUCGCUGUUAAGGAUCUUUGGUUAACCAUAUGGACUAUUCAUAACCCAUGUUUUACUUCCUAGAGCCUGUAAAGGUUGAAUGUGAUCGCCGCCAUCACCUCCAAUGCUUGCCUGCAUGUUUUAUAGAGGAUUUUUUUUUUUAAACUCCAGUAAAUAGAUUGUAAUACAUCAGGACCAAAACACGUUUCUUUGGCAUUGAUGGGUUGUAUUCUGUGCUUAUCUCUUGAGGAAGAAGGCACAUGGACAUUGUCAAAUGUUUUCUGUAUCCUGAUAGUUUUACCAAUGUUACAAGACCGCUUUUGGAAUUGUGUAUUCAGGUUUGAAAUAUAUAUGUAACAAAUUAAACUGUAUCAAUUGUUCUUUGGGGGGCUAAGCCGAUACUCUAUUUCCAAUAUAGAAGCUAGGUUUGUGUGUUUUUCUGGCCUUUAUGGUUGUUUGAUUAUCUUAAAUAUUCUGUGUUGAGUAUAUCAAUGCACUAUUUGGCAAAACAUUUUAUUAACCAGUACUGCAUCAGAAUUAUUCAUCACUAAUGCUGCGAACUAUAAUCUUGCGGGUAACAGUAAUGUCUUAAAUUGUGUAUAACUUGUGGUAAAUUUUGCAGUAAAAUCCAUGUAUUCAUUAAAUCUGCACUGGAUUUUGUUGCAAUAUUUUGUUGGUUAAGCAUGUAUGUGAACUACGUAAGUUCAUCAAUUUUUUUUUUUUUUUUUGAAUCUUUGAUUUUUCUGCCCUCAUCUUCUCUCUCACAUUAAUUUUGUUCUGUUUAGGAUUGCUAUUGGUGUACUGUAUCUUUUUUAAACCUUCAGAAAAAGUUUUGGUUAUCCAUAACCUGUUUUUUAAUUUCUUCCCACAGUUAAAUCUUUAAAGCAUUUGCAGGUAUCCUGAAAAUAUAUAGGUAAGCUUUGUGAGCCGGUACAAGUAAAGUAAAAAUACAUUAAAAUGAACAGUUAAAUUAGUGUUUGCAUGCAAAGCUUUUAGUUACGAUGUAGUGUAUGUUGCUUCUGAUGAAAUUGCUGACCAGAAGUAAUAUCAGUGAACUUUCAUUUUAAACAGUCUGUACAAUUUCCACAAGGGUUCACUCCAACCUCUUAUCAUUGUUGCAAGUCAGGAGUUGAGUAACUUGUACUCUUGUUUGUAUAUAAGUCAUGUGUUUUUUUUUAUUUUUUUUUUAAAAGUCCUAUUUUUUAAUCAAUAAUUUACUAAACUUCCUGAUUUAUCUUAACACUAUUAUUCAAUGCUCUUUAAAUAGACUAUAUAGCAAGCCGUAAUCAAGUUGCUAAAGAAUAUUAAGGUUCCAUAACUCCACAUUAUAAAACCAAUGUCUGCCUUAAAUGAACGCUCCAGUCAUCCUAACAACAUCAAAAUUAAUGUUAUUGUGCCAGGAGCUCCCCGGCACUGGCUUACCUUUGUGGGUUAAACCAUUCAAGAGUGGUUUAACCUCUAGGUCUCCCCUCUCUCUGCAUUUCGCUCUGUUCCUUCCAAGAUCUGGUUUCUCAAAUUCUUCAGAACAGAAGCCUUGAACUACCACAAGGCUGGUGCACCUCUGACUUAGAGCGGUUAGCUGAUGCUCUAUGCCAGGGAUAGGCAACCUUCGGCACUCCAGAUGUUGUGGACUACAUCCCACAUAAUGCUCUUACACCCAUAAUGUUGGCAAAGCAUCAUGGGAGGUGUAGUCCAAACAUAUGGAGUGCCAAAUGUUGUCUAUGCCAAGCAGUUGCUCCCUAUUCACAAAACAGCUUGAGAAACAUACAUACUCUUCUCAAUGUUUUUUAAUGAAUGGGGAGCUACGGAUUGGCUUAGAGAGUCUAAGGCUUCCAUUUUAAAGAUUUAGAAAAAUCACAUGUUGAAAGGAGCAGAGAGAAACAGGGCUGGAGAGGAGACUUUGGGGUUAUACCAAUAAUGGACUGUUUAACUCCUCAAGGUAAGCUAACACUAGUGACCUUCUGGCUCCAUAAUCACUUUAUUUUUAAAGCAAUACAGAGCGUAACAGACAUCCUUUUUAGUUUUUUUUUUUUUAAUUUUUUUAAUCCUCCGCUUAAGGGUUAACUGAAGCACUUGGGGUUUUUUUUUUUUUUUUAUUGCCCAUGUUUUUUGCAUCAUUCCAUGUUACCUUUUAUUGCCAACACUUUUGUGAGUUGCUGUUCAUAAGUGUUUCUGUUGGUUGGUAAACUUUGUCGUUUUGUGAGCUGUUUCACACAGAACUAAGUCAUUCAUUGAAUAGACAUGCAGUAAAACCGAGGGGUGCACUCAAUAAGAACAGGCAGACCUUAUGUAAAGAUCCUGAUUAAGAAGGGAAUGCUGAGGUAGUAGAAUCUCUCUUCCUUAUGUACCUAAUGUAAAAAUUAUGUGAACAGUUAUAUUUGGUACAUUUGUUAUGUUACUGCUUACAUAAUAACGUAUUUAACCAGGAAAAGCACAUUCAGAUUACCCUGGUUUUCAAGUACGUUCUAGGUAUCUUACGUGAUUUUAUUCUGGUUGUUAGCACUAUGGCUAGCAUUUUAUGUAAAUAAAAUAAAGUGUAAGUGUGUGUGUGUGUGUGUGUGUGUGUGUGUGUAUAUGUGUAUGUAAUAAAUAUAUAUUUCUUUAUGGCAUUUUGUAACUUGUGUAUGUAUCAAAACAUUUGAGUUUAGUAAGUAAAUAGAGAAAGUGGUAGUUGACUUAUCUCUCCUAUUAAGGUAUUUUCACUGGCCAUAUUCUAAAUGCUAUUGUGUACUUGUUUUUUGUCUGCAGGUGUAAUUCAGUCAAAUUUAUAAGAAUGGCAGUAGUCAUCCGCUUGCAGGGACUUCCUGUUGAAGCUGGCUCUGCUGAUAUUCGUCAUUUCUUCACUGGGUUGAAUAUUCCUGAUGGAGGAGUUCAUAUUAUUGGUGGGAAGCUUGGUGAAGUCUUUAUUAUAUUUUCCACGGAUGAAGAUGCCAGACGUGCCAUGAGCCGGACAGGAGGCAUGAUAAAGCAAUCCUACAUUCAGCUUUUUCUAAGCAGCAAGACAGAAAUGCAAAAUACUCUUGAAAUGAAUAGAAAAGGCGGCCGCGAUAUGAAAUAUUCUGGAGUAUCUUCUGUUGAAAAUCUUUCAAAGAUCCUAACCGCAAUGAAGAAAGGGAUACAUCAAAAUAAGUAUGGAAAUGAUCGCCCAGAUUCUGGCUCCUACAGCAGUGGAGGAAAGCAAUCAGAAAAUGUGCACAAACAAAGUGUAGGAAAUAGAGGUACAAGUGGUGUAAGGAAAGAUACAAAAGAACCGAAAGAAGAUGGAAGUAUUUAUGUAUUUUUAUUUGGUCUACCAUACAGUGCAUCAGAAGAUGAUCUCAAACAUUUUUUUGAUGGCCUGCACAUAGCUGAGAUUAUCUUCCUGCAGCAUACAAAUGGUGUUCGGAAUGGAAAUGCACUUGUUAAAUUUGAUAGUGUUGAUGAUGCUAAUGCUUCACUUAAGCGUAACAAUGAAUAUAUGGGUCACAGGUUCAUAUCUGUAAAAAAAUCUACAGAAGAAAAAUGGGUUGAGGCUGGUGGUCAAAUUGAAUAUUUGGAUGUGCACUCCCAUAGAGAUGGCAGUUAUGGAGAUGUAAAUAAACAUUCUCUUUCAAGAUCAUCAAAGAGACAAAGGGUAAGAUCCAGAUCACCCCGCCAUCGUGAGUUUUAUCUUCAUCUUAAUAAUCUACCCAUUGAUGUUAAUAAACAGGAGAUUAAACAUUUAUUAGGUGAUCCCGGAAUGGCAGAAUCACAGAUCAAACUUCUGCUUCCUAAGUACAAUGACAAGAAAAUUGAAGGUUUUGUUAGGCUAGACAGUCAGAGGCAUUAUGAGAGAUGCCUUGGCUUACACAAAAGUCGCUUUUGUGGCCAUACAAUUUCUAUAGUUCCCAUUUCUCGGACGUCGAUGUUGGUGAUGAUUGAUGCGCAUGAAAAACAUUUAGUGCCUGAGAGAGGCAGUUCACAAGACAAGAGCUUUCCCCCCCAAAAUAUUAAAGAACGCUCAAACUUAAAAAGAUGCUUAUAUUUAAGAAACUUUCCUUUUGAUGUGACAAAAACUGAAGUCAAGAAGUUCUUUGUUGGAUUUCCUGUGCAUGAAGAUGAUAUAUUCUUGUUGUAUGAUAGUAAAGAUGUUGGACUUGGGGAAGCUCUGGUAAGGUUUCCAACUGAAAAUCAAGCUAUCCUUGCUGAAGGUUUAAAUCGUCAAAGUUUUUUGGGAACAGAGGUUUUGUUGAGGCGCAUUUCUGAUGAACAGAUGACUGAAUUGGCAACAGUCCAAGAUCCUCCGGAUAGGAGGACCUUAAGACACUCUCCUGUUAACAGAGAUCAUUAUGUUGAAUGUAUAGAUUCAUAUGAACACUCAGCAGGUCCUUAUGAAUUAUCUGAGGAGUUUGUGAAUAAGCCAUAUGAACCACCUACCAGCUCUCUUGGCCUGCCAGAGUUUGGACAUGGUCAUGGAGAUUUCAGGGGUCCAGAAAGGUUAAGAAGUCCAUGUCGUGCUGAUUUCCAUGGAGCUGAUGAGCCUUUUGGAAGGAUUGACGUAGAAAAAAGCAGUAUGACUGAUUACAUUGAUUUUGAUCCUAUCCAGAUCCAAAAUUUUGGUAGGUCAAGUGGUCUAAUUCGCAUGAAGAAUGUGCCAUACACUGCAACUACUGAAGAAAUCCUGGAUUUCUUUUAUGGUUACAACGUGAUUCCGGAGUCUGUUCUAAUACGUGUUUCCAAGCAGGGUAUGCCCAAAGGAAUGGCAACAGUGUGCAUUAAGAAUUAUGAUGAUGCAGUGGCUGCUGUUAGGGAGCUGGAUGGAAGACCUAUUGGGCAACGUAAAGUUAGUUUGACUUUACUAAAGUACUAAAGACUGAGGUGUGUGUGGUGUUUUUUGUUUUUGUUUUUUUCUUCAAUUCUUUUAUAAUUUCACAAUGAAAUACUUGCGUUGAUCCAAUGCAUGGAGUGGACACUGGAGUUAAAGGAAAUUGUAGUGGUCCAAGGACCCUCUUAUUUUUAACUAUUUGUUCAUCUAGUACAGUUUUUCAUAGGUUUGCAUGGUUAGUGAAAAUUCUAAAUCGUUCCUUAUUUUGUACCACCAGUUAAGUUCUUAUUUAGUGUCUUUACAGUCUCUCGCACGUCCUCUAGUUUUGUAUUGUAGAAGCUUCUAGAUUAAACACUUUUCUCUAUGUAACAAAUGUGUCUGCUGUCUUUUUAGUUAUAAAAGGGAUACAAAGCUUUGUCACGUGGAUUUUCUAAAUACUUUAAUUUAUGUAUAUCCCAGUAGUAGCAGCAUAUCAUUUAAAAAAAACUUGGUGCGUUUGAAAUGAUUCUGGUUUAUAUAUUAAAACAACCGUGGAUUAUUUGGAAAGAUGGUAGGACUCUGAAGUAAAAAUCAGAAGAGUUAAAUGUUCUCUAACCAAAGUUGAGUCAACAAUUGAAUAAUAUGGAUUCUGUUUUGCCACUUGUGCUAUCAAAUUGUAUCAUUGUAUGCAUUGGUUGCAAAAUUAAAUUGCAAUAUGCAUUUGGAUACUCUGUUCUUCAUACUUAAUGAUUUUUGGUUGGGAUCAGUCUUUAUGAACUUUACAUGCCAUUAUAUACUACACGGCCAAAUAUAUGUGGACACAUGCUUGUCAAACAUCUCUAAAAUUAUGGCCUUUCUGGAUGAGUUUUUGGUUUGAAUAUGGUUCAGGUUAGUAUCCUUUAUAGAUCUGUGCAAUUCUUCCGCAAACUAUUUUUGCAAGGCCUUGCCGUUUGUAUGGGGAUGACGCUAGGCUGGAAGAGCUAAUGGCGUUUACUAAGCUGUUAACAGUAUGCUGAAAGAGCAAUAUUUACUGUAAUGUAUUUUGUUCCCUGCAGCAUUUAUGCUGGAAUGAAAGGACUGAACCAUGAAAUGUAGCUCCAAUCUUUCCCGUUACCGUCUUCCUGUAGUGAUCUCCUGACGACAUGCUUAAUUUGUCCAGACUGUCAGAAGUGAUUCAUCACUGCUGUAGAUUACAGGGGAAAAAGACCACUUCGUCUGACACAUUUUGAUCUGUGGAAACUUCCUGUGAACUGUUCUUGUUACAAAUGUUGCUUCUGGUGGCAAUUUGGAACUUGGUAUUGAAUGAUACAACAUAGGACAAAAUGUAUGCAAUGUUGGCUUCUGUUCUGUUGUGAGCUUGUGUGACAUCUCACAUUGCAGUUGAGGCAUUGGCUGUUUUUCCAGAAUAUUUUUACUUUCCAAUGAUUGAUUUUUACAAUCAAUCGGGGCAACUCUCGUAGAGCAAAAACUUGACAGACUGACGUGUUGGAAAGAUAAUGUCCUUCUAUGGCAUCACAUGCAAUGUCAACUGCCCAUUCUACUUCCUAAUUUAGCAAAAUCUAAUUAGAAAGGGUGUCCACAUACGUUUUGGUCAUGCAGUGUAUCAGAUGUUUAUAUUAUUGUAUUUUUAUAACUUUUCAUGAAGGGAGUUCUACAUUUUGUCUUCCCACUGGAGAUUGUGAAAGGAUAAUGGAACUGAUCUGAAACUUACCUUUUCAGGACCCUGAUUGUGAGACUUUCUAAUGGAUAGAGUUUUGCUGGUACAUGGAAUGGCUAAAAUAUGCUUUACAUGGAACUUGUAAACCUGGCUGGACCAUCAUAUUGUCUGCAUGGAAGAAUGGGAAGUCCAGGAACAACUAGAGUUGCUUGACAUGUACCAUUGGUAAAAUGAAAAACCUGCUAAGAUUUGCUGUAUCUCUGUACUGGGAAAAUAAACUGCCUUUGUGGCUGUUAGUAUUCAUCAGUAGUAGCUGACAAGUCCUCUUACUAUUUUGGUGUUGAUAUGAUACAAACUAAAUCUUGCAUAAAUUACACAUUGAAUUACUUUGUUUUAACAAUUUAUGUGCAGGAAAUACAGUUUCAACUAAAAUGUUCAAUGCAUUGCCAUGUAUUGGUGCAUUUUUUUUUUUUUUUUUAAUUUUUUUAUCAUCUGUGUAUAUCCCCUGAUCAGUAGGGUAUUUCAGUACUCUGAAACUAAAUUUGAUAAACUCCUGCUUGGGUGUCAACUAGAAAUAUUGUUCUUGGUAUUUGCUGUCUAAUGGCCUUGUAAUGGCUGUUUUCAGGGAGUGUGCAUUUCUUAACCAUACUCUUCCUGCUUUUGUAUUAUGGACACUUCUGUGCGAUUAAUGUUCGGUUGUAAAUAAAGUCAGUGCAAGGUUAUAGGAUGUCAUCAGAAAUUGUAACACUACCGCAAGUUUGCCUAGUGCUUCAUUCUUCCAUAUGGUUUCCCUCUAAGGAUUAAAAUAUAUAAUUCUCUCUCCACAAAAGUAUGGGUAGUUGUGGAAAGGUGUGGUGGUUUGUCUCUUUGCUGACAAAUGAUGUUUGGUUACCUUGAAGCAAGAACCUGAGUUAUAAAACUGGCUUCUAGAUCUGGACUAACUUUUCCAAGUCCUAACUCUCUUACAUUUCUGUAAGUGAUUGACAUAUGCAGUUAAUAGAUCGAUUUGAUAUUUAUUUAAUAAAGUAUAGCCCAGCAGCCAAAGAGGGUCUUACACUGCAAUUAUGGAUCUGGCGGCAUCUUCCAUGAUGUGUAUAAAGAUGGACAGGAUUUUUUUUUUUUAUUUUUUUUUAAUAUAUAACUACAACCAGUGCUUAUAGUGGAGCGCUUACAAGGAUCAACACUUAUUCAGUAAGGGAUAUAUAAUAAAGCAAACGCUAGACAAUAAAUGAGAUCUUGAGUAUAAUUGUGUAAAAACAUACACAUUACACACCCAGAUGGAACAGAGCCAGGUAUGGACAGGCUCAAAUCACAUGGAUGGAUAUGUUCUCUGGUGACACUGACCCUCUUCAUUCUUCUCAGCAGUACACAAAAGGAAACAAGAAACAGAAGUAGCAGCUUCUAGAGAAGUACAGCAAGAAAUAAAUACCAAUUGCAAGUAUUUAACCUGCUUAUCUUAUUCGGAGCCCUUCUAUGCUGGCCCUGGGUAAUUCAGCAUGUGUGUCUUCGUAGGGAGACAUUAAAAAUCACGAGAAAUAUAUUUUCACAACGUCCUCAGGUGCUCCAAAACGGUUGAUGUGUUUGUCCACAUUCAAUGGCUUUCUCAAUCAAUCUCAUAGAUACUGGUGGCAUUCUGUACCUGAUCCUGCUGUUUACUCCAUAGAUCCUCGUUUUAUUUUUAUGCAGAUGUACAAUAUCUGUCUUGGCUGCUUCAUGUGAAAAGAACUAAAGAGCAAAGUAUUGCAGCAUGAGGUUUAGGUUCGGGGGUGCAUCCCUUUAUUUUUGUGUAGAAGUCGCUGAAAUAAAUUGCAUUACACAUUCUUAUUUAUCAUGGUUUACAUGCAGGGCAUUCCUUUAGCUAUAUCUUUUAAACAUUGUUUACGAUUAUUGGAGUUAUCACUAAAACUUUAGAGACAGAAAAAGCAGGACAAGAACGUCUUCACAAAGUGGAUAUUAAACAGUAUCCUGACUUAAUGGAUGGUAAAAUGGCUAUAAUGAAAGUAAUUGUAAAAUAUAUAAGCAGUAAUAAAUUAUAUACAGUACCAAUCCAGCCUUAUAAGGCUUAUUCCUCUACCUUUCACUGUAAUCCAAAAAAAUCAUUAAAACUUUGUCACUUAGAAAUUGAACUCAUUGUUUUGGCCUCUUUCUGAUGCUAGGUUGAGUUUUUUUUUAUUUUUAUUUUUUUUAAAUUCUUUAUUUAUAGCGUGCAAAGAAAGACAUAGUGUUCAGUAAGCCACAACAGCUUCUGCGCUCAGAUUGAUAACAAGACAUAUAAAACAGGGUUAUGGCAUUUGUAUCUAUCGCACAUUUUAAGUUUUUAUGGUAUGCUAAGAGUUCAGGCUGACUGGUAUAUGUCUGGAGCUACUGUGAAGGGAGAGUGGCUGACCUUUGCAUAAACAUAGGCCUGUGGCUAAGCAUUGUAAGGUAGUACGGUGAGUAACGUAUGAGGAGAUGCAUAGAGCGGUCAGCCACUCUAGACAUGCUGGGUUGUUAUGCUGAACAAUGCUUCAAUUGUGCCACUGGGUACUGGUAGCUAUUUUCUUGGUUGGAGGUAGCUCCGUUCUGCCCACAGAGCAUAAGAAAACAAAAUAAAAACAUCAUAAUCAAGAACAUUUGAAAAAUGUUACCGGAGCUGUACCACGACAACUCUCGCAUGCCAUACUUCGAUAGCCUUAGCACAAUAAAGAGCAGUAAGGUAUUUUUAAAAUUGAGGUAGUUAACAAUUAACGAGUUGACAUAAUACUACCCUUAGUGCUUGUGUCAGGUAAGAGUGUGCUGUGGUAUGUUAUCUUAUACAUGUUUACAUGUUACAUUAAGUAAUGGAGGGCGUGAUAACGGUGGGUUGAGUUUGUUUUUGUUGGCAUUUUCUUAAUAUUCUCAGGUGCAACUGAGAUUGGUCCAAAUCAAAACGCAGAUGCUUCAGUAGUGGUAUGGAGGGAAGAGGACUGUAUGCCAACAGGCUGCUCCUUUUAUUUACUUAGCAUUUUAAGUGAACAAUUAACCCAAUAAAUCGAUAUUUGCAACUUACACUAGUGUAAUGUUAGCCUUAACUUAUUGUAAACUUUGAAAAUAAGUGAGUUGCAAAACCAUUUCAAAUGGGGAGGGGGAAAGCCUCUUCUCUUACUGUUUCAAUAUGGCUGUAUAAUCUAGGAUAGACUACUUGGAUCUAUAGUUUGUAUAUAAUAAAGGUAAAUGCUAGUUAUUGUAUUAAACUGACAAGAUCUGCUAUGAUGGUUUAGUGGAGGGGGACUAAAGAAUGCUGGUUGCGGAUUGGAGGAUGAUUCAGCAUACUUUUUGUAAGCGUGAAGACAGACAAUGAUGUAGCGAAAAUGUAGUCCUACCUCACCUUGUAAACAUGGCAGUGGGUGUUAGAAUACCAAAUAUAAUUACGAAUAGCUUUUGCCUAUUCUUAGAUUUUGUUUCUUGCUGCGAUGCAUUUGCUUGGGCUCCUCCUAAACUAAAAUGGUAAUCUAGAUAUGGACCCCGUGCUCAUUAUGCUUAGUAGUAUCAGCUCUACCUCGCUGCCUAGAUCCAAAGAAAGCUGCAGGAAGAGUACUGCUCCCUUGCAUGCUGCCUCGGACAACCGCCUCUAAUGCUCCCCGUGACGGCGGCCGUCAAAGCUCCCUCAGCAGCUACACUAACUAGAGAUCUGGAAAAUCCCAGGUCGCCACAGCAACUAGAAGUUAAUCAUAAAUUACUAAAAGAACAGACUGCGGCAGAGGAAGACAUGAUGAAAGAGGAGAAUGGUAAGUUUGAAGUGACAGUCACUUUAAGAAGACUUAAUGCUCCAUGGUAUGUUAACCAAACCACAACCAUGGUUUUGCUUUAUCCUGCUGGGCUGCAAUAAAUUAGUUGAGGUAAGGUUCUGAAGCGCUAUGACCAACUUCAAAUAGUUCAUAUAAAACAACAUGAGGUGGUGGGUUGCUCUACACGCUGAAUUUUCUACUGUGUAUAUUUUAAUGAAAUAAAG